CGGGCGGGAAGCGGGAGGGGAGGGACGGUGCCGAGAUCAGCAGCAUGCAGUUCCUGAGCGAACUUCUUCAGACGUUAUCAGGGUGAUCAUCCCGGGCUGAUAUGGCGAAGGGGCGAGAUCUGCACAUGGCAGGGGCACGGGGCGCGCUGCUCCGCUGGGUCUGGCUAAUGCUCUGCCUCCCCGGGACCAGCUCCGGCAGCCGUGUCCCCCCUAACAUCGUGUUUGUCCUGGCCGAUGACUUGGGCUGGAAUGAUGUCGGAUUCCACGGUUCCGAGAUCCGGACCCCCUAUCUGGACUCUCUGUCGGCGCAGGGGGUGCGGCUGGACGGGUAUUACACGCAGCCCCUCUGUACCCCAUCCCGCAGCCAGCUGAUGAGCGGCAGAUACCAGAUUCACACUGGACUACAGCAUCAGAUCAUAUGGCCGUGUCAACCUCACUGUUUACCCCUUGAUGAGAAACUGCUACCCGAAUUGUUGAAAGAGACGGGGUAUAUGACACACAUGGUGGGAAAAUGGCACCUGGGCAUAUAUAAAAAGGAAUGUUUACCAACACGCAGGGGAUUUGACACUUAUUUUGGAUAUUGGUUGGGUGGUGAAGACUACUAUACUCAUGAAAGAUGUUAUGAAAACAAAGCAAUGAAUAUAUCGAUUUGUGCUCUUGACUUCCGAGAUGGAGAAGCCCCAGCUACUGAAUAUUUAAAUAAGUAUUCAACGCACGUAUUUACUGAAAGAGCUCAAGCUCUUAUAGCCAAUCAUAAUACUGAAAAGCCCUUCUUUCUGUACCUGGCAUACCAGUCAGUUCAUUCACCCCUGCAAGUUCCCGAAAGCUAUGUGGAACCCUACAGCUUCAUCAAAGACAAAAACAGGCGCCUGUACGCCGGGAUGGUGUGUGCUCUGGAUGAAGCUGUGGGAAAUGUCACAGAAGCUCUGAAAAAGAAAGGAAUGUGGAACAACACAGUUUUUAUAUUUUCGACAGAUAAUGGCGGACAGACAUUGGCGGGAGGAAAUAAUUGGCCUUUAAGAGGAAGAAAGUGGACUCUUUGGGAAGGAGGUAUACGAGGAGUGGGCUUUGUUACAAGUCCUUUGUUAAAACAGAAGGGGAUCACUAGUCAAGAACUCAUCCAUAUUUCAGACUGGCUCCCUACCUUGGUGCAUCUUGCUGGAGGCUCUACCAAUAGUACCAAGCCAUUAGAUGGCUUUGAUGUAUGGAAAACUAUCAGUGAAGGAAGCCCGUCCCCCAGAGUUGAACUGCUUCAUAACAUAGAUCCUCUGUAUGAAGAUGCUUUUCCGUGCAGUACAAGUAAUGAAACAAGAAAGUCAUUAUCCAGUGGAACGCCUCUUCGAUGGGGAGAUAGAGUAUUUAAUGUGUCUGUCCAUGCUGCAAUACGACACGGCGAGUGGAAACUACUGACUGGCUUUCCUGGUUGUAGUCAUUGGUUUCCUCCACCCACGAUCGGCUCUGAUAUCCCAGCUCCUGACUCUGCAAACAAAACCUUUUGGCUGUUUAAUAUCGCCCAUGAUCCUGAAGAGAGGAACGAUUUGUCAGAAAAGUACCCUCACAUAGUGAAGAAGCUCCUCUGCCGUCUUGAAUACUAUAACAAUGGUUCUGUGCCAAUCUAUUACCCAGCUGAUGACCCAAGAUGUGAUCCAGGGCCAUCCGGAGUAUGGGGUCCCUGGGAGUAAAAUUACAUUACAAGUUGAUGUUCCAGGUUAAGAUUUGCUAUGUUUAAUGUUUUUAAUUAAAUUUGAUUAGAUAUAAUUUCCAUUCAUUAGGGCUAUGGAUGAUUUCUAAAAGAAGGGGUUAUGCAGUAUUCUUAGGGCUAGGCAGCUCCAAUGGAACCUAGAGGUUUGGGGGACAACUAUUCAUCUGUCACAGAUAUUACGGGGUUUCACCAGCCAACACACUAUCUCAUUUUGCUUUCAUUUAGCAAUGAAGUGAGAAGUCCCCAUUAAUGCAUAUGACACACGUGACAAUUUGUUUUUGGGGCUAGGUGCUUUAGGCUUAUUUUUUUACAACAUUACAAUUUGAACCAAAUAAGAUUGGCAUCCCAUACAUACAAA